AUGAGAAACUUACGGAUUCUGCACAGGGGGAAUUUGAAUCCGAAAUCUCGUACCUAUCCUGAUUUAGGUGUUUUAACUGCUUCAUUUGAUGUCAUUACUGAUAGUAUAACGGUGGUUCUAGGUUCCAAAGAUGCAGAUCUGAUCGAGGUCCAACAAUUUCUCAAGGAUGGAUCCGUUAAACUUUUAGCGUCUUUUCCUGUUAAGCUCGAUGAUCCGCUUGUAUCCUUUGCACAUUUUUCAGAUCUCAGCCAGUUGGUUUGUGUGUUCAGAUCUGGUGAUCUUAUCACUGCAAGUUACUUGAAUAAUUUAACUGGAGAAGACCCUGAUCUCACCACUGUGGAGAUUGUUGGUUCCAUAGAUGCAGGAGUCUUGUGUGCUUCCUGGUCACCGGACGAAGAAUCACUUGCACAUCUAACCGGAGAAGGGAAUGUUGUCUUAUUAUCCAGAAUGUUCGAACCCAUUGCUGAGACCAAAUUACUGUCCGAAGACUUACAAAUGACCAGACAGGUUUCUCUUGGCUGGGGAAAAAAGGAGACACAGUUCAGAGGUAAGGGAGCCAGAGCAAAUGAUCGCCAGAGGUUGGCACUAAAGCAUGCUGGCUUAAACUUAGACAGUGAAACUGCCGUCUUACAUGAUCCUACUGUUAAAGAGGCUGUUUAUGGUACUAUGUCCCCAUACGAUAAUGCAGAGUCCUCAAAAAUCACGUGGCGUGGAGACUGUAAGUAUUUUGCAUUGAAUCGGGUUGAUCGGUUGCCUGAGGAUGAUCACACUAUGCGAAGAGUGGUAAGAGUGUUCUCUAGGGACGGUAAAUUGGAGUCUUCCUCUGAGCCUAUUGACGGCAUGGAAGGUAAUCUUUCUUGGAAGCCUCAAGGUGCCCACAUUGCAUCUACUCAAAGAAAUUUGGAAACAAAUGCCCUAAAUGUCAUUUUCCUUGAGCGAAAUGGUCUUCAGCAUGGCCACUUUGACACGAGGCUCGCCUGCCGUUCUGAGGAGGCUGAAGUCAUUGACAUCGACUGGUCUUCAAAUAGCGAAGUAAUGGCACUUCAGCUCAAGAACAGUGUCCAGAUUUGGACUACUAAAAAUUAUCAUUGGUAUUUAAAGCAAGAAUUGGUUACUCUUAACGGAGAAGCUGUCGAAUUUACCAGAUUCCAUCCUGAAAACCCGUUGAGAAUUAUGGUCGUGACUAGAACUACUGUUAGCGUUAUUGAUAUGGCUUACUGUAUUAUAAGUGGUCCUACUGCGUUGCCAUAUGAUGUUGGUAUGACCCUAGUUACCGAUGGUACUACCUGUAUGGCGACACCUUUGGCCAGGGCCCGUGUUCCUCCUCCUGCAUGUUUUAGGGAGGUCGACGUUGACGAAGUUAUAACUGAUAUGGCUGUUUCUCAAUCUAACGAACUUAUUGCCAUAAUAACUAAUGAGAACCUGUAUCUAGCUCACCUCUCCUUGGGUAAGGUUGUCUCUCCCUUGGAAAUUGUCCACAAGAUUCCCAAAUCAGUGUUCUGUGACAUAGAUACUGAUAUCCCCAGAGAGGUAGCCAUUGCUGGUAAUAGCACUGUAUGCAUUAUCUGUGAUUCGCAUGAAGCAGCAGGGUCUGUGUUAGUACAGAUUGAUAUUUCUCAAGCAGACUCUCUAAAGGUGGUAUCUUCUCAAACUUCUGAGCUGAGUGUGGUAUACGUGAACGCAGACUCUUCGUAUCAAACGAUCACCUACGAAACUAUUGAUGGCUCUGUGAGAUGUUUAACUGACGGGAACUCACUCAUUGGUAAAUUUCCACAACUUUGUUCAAACUAUGCUGUGGCAGAAGUCCUAAACGAUGUCACUGGGGAAUCUCAGUUAGUUUUAUUUGGCAUUACUCCCGCCGGAAAAAUGUUUGUGGGCAGUAGGCUACUACGCUCUGGUGUUACAUCGAUGCUCGUGACAGACUCUUUCUUGUUAUAUACCACUGCUCAACAUGAACUUGAGUUCAUGCAUUUGAAGCACAAUGAGUCAUUGUUGGAUGAAAGCAAACCGCUAGAGGUUGCUAACUUCAAAGCCGAGAUGACGACCUCUACUGACGAACCUAUUUAUGACGAGCGUGUGAGGAUGAUUGAGCGUGGCUCCUUGUUAGUUUCCGCUGUUCCAUCUGAAUCCUCUGUUACUUUUCAGGCCCCCAGAGGUAAUUUGGAGACAGUAUACCCACGAAUAAUGGUGCUCAGUGGUGUGAGAAAUGAUAUCAAGAAUAAGCGUUAUAGAGCGGCCUUCAUGACUUGUAGGACGCACAGGAUCGCUUUGGAUAUUUUGCACGACUACGACCCCGAGCUGUUCUUCUCUAAUAUUGAACAUUUCGUUGACGAAUUGGGUAAGGUGGAAUACCUGGACUUGUUUUUGUCUUGUUUGUUGGACGAGAAUGUGGCAGAGACAAAGUACAAAGAGACCGAUGCAAACGAGAAGAAGGAAAUUGUGGAUGCACAAAUGCUGGAGUAUCAACAGCAGCAGCAGCUUACUGAAGGUAUAAAGGGUAUUACUAUUCAUAAAAAAGAACCGGAUAUUAGUGAGAAGAUCCAGAAGAUCUGUGAUGCCAUUUUGAGAGUUUUAUCAACCCCAAAAUAUAAGGAGGACUACUUGCAGUCAAUAAUUACUGCGUAUGCAUGUCAGAAACCUCCAAAGACUGAGGAUGCCUUACAUUUGAUUGGUUCGCUUGGAGACAGCAGUGUGAUUGAAAAGUGUGUUCAGCACCUUUGUUUUUUGUUGGACGUUAACAUGUUAUACAAUGUUGCUCUCAGUAUAUACGAUAUUCCCUUGGCCUUGGUAGUUGCACAGCAGUCUCAAAAAGAUCCAAAGGAGUAUUUGCCGUUCUUGCAGAAAUUGCAUGUUCAGACAGAUGAGAGAAAGCGGUUUAUGGUUGAUACUCACCUUAAAAAUUAUGAAAAGGCUCUUGAUUCGUUGACUGAGAUCACGCCACAGCAAGACGAAGGUAUAGAGAAGGAAAUUUCGGAGUAUAUUGUGGAUCGUCAAUUGUACAAGCAUGCAUUGCAUAUCUACAGAUACAGUCCCGAUAAGUUUGACCAUGUCUUGAAGUCCUAUGCUGAUUUUCUUCAUUCUUCCCAGAAGUAUUAUGAGGCUGCAUUGGCUUUCGAUAAGUUAGGGCAGCAUAAGUCCGCGUUGGAUGAUUACGUUAUGGGUAAGAAGUGGAGAGAAGCUCUUUCUAUUGCAUUACGUUCCGAGUUCAAAGAGCAAGAAUUGGAUGAGGUGGCAAAUAAGUUGGUGUUAAUGCUUACUGAGACUCAUGAAUAUGCUUCUGCAGCUUACAUCGAGUUCAAGUAUCUUGGAGACAUUGAGGAAGCUCUUAGAUUGUACUGCAAAGAUUAUGAGUUCGAGCAUGCCAUUAUGAUGUGUUAUGAAGAGGAGAAAAUGGAAUUAAUCAGAGAUAUUGUGGAUCCUGCGCUAGGCGAACAGUUUGGUGUUAUUGCCGAGCUAUUUGCAGAUUGUAGCAGUCAGGUUCAUGCACAGUUGAAAAGGUUGAGAGAGUUGAGAGAAAAGAAGCAGAGUGAUCCGUUCGCAUUCUAUAACGGCAACGCUGAGAAUGCCGAAAAUUCUGAUAACGUCUCUGUUGCAGCUACGGAAUCGACGCUCCGAUCUUCGAUAUUCACCCGAUACACUGGUAAGUCAUCAAGUACUGCUAAGACCGGAGCUUCAAGAAGAACAACCAAGAAUAGAAGGAGAGAGGAGAGAAAGAGAGCGCGUGGUAAGAAGGGUACAAUCUACGAAGAGGAAUAUUUGAUUAGAUCUACGGGCAGACUGGUUGACCGCUUAAAUAUGAAUAUGGAAGAUACCGAAAAGUUGGUUGCAGGUCUUGUAAGAAGAAGCAUGAUGGAGCAGGCUCAUCAAAUCCAAAGCAGUUUUAUAGAGCUUUUGGAGUUUGUUAAGGACCAUUUAGAAGAAAUCUAUCAUAUGAGUGACAAAGACCGCGAAAGAAUCGAUGAUAGAGGCAUAAUGUAUCUUAUUCCUGAGUUCCCCGUUCCCAAGUUGAAGGAAUUCGACAAUAGAGAGAUCUUGGAGUACUAA